CAAUCAGUUUUUUUGUGAAUUUGUGAUAAGCAUCAUACCAAUAAGCGUCUCUCGUGGCUUAGACAACGUGAGUUUUUUGCGAAAAAGAACAGUUGUGGUUUAUUAACGUGAGGACUAUAGAUAUUCGAGAAAAAUGACGACACAACAUAGCCCUGUUAAAACCACCAGUGCUGAAGGCUCUAAAAUAGUUCCGUCAGGUACACAGCGCGCAGAUGAAUCUGCAAGUUUUAAAGGUUUUGCUGAAUGGGAGCUUGCUAUCGAUUCUGGCAGCCAAAAGCAAUUGGCGUCUGUAUUUCGGCAACGUGAGCAAGUGAAUCAAAAGAUUGUUCGUGUGUAGAAUGCGCUUAUAGCUGCAAGGAAUCAAGUCAGUAUGGCGCAGUUGAAAACGUUCACUAAAAAUAUUGAUGCGGCAUACUCGGAGUUCAGCGGUUUCCACAGCGAGGUAAUGGCGAUUAUUCCCGAUGAAGCAAUUCAAUUUCAAGAGGAAAUCUACAGUGAUUUUGAAAACCGCUACAAUUCAGUGUCAACAACUAUCGAGGAACUACUGCAAGUUCAUGUCACAGAUGCAGGUGGUGCCCAUAACAAUCCAGCAGGUAGGAAUCAAUCUCCAAUCAUAGUUCAUCAACAAGCACUCCGUGUGCCCUUGCCAACAUUUGAUGGCCAAUACCGAAAUUGGGCUAAAUUCAAGGCUAUGUUUCAGGACCUUAUGAGCACCUCCACAGACUCUAACGCUAUAAAGCUGUACCACCUGGAAAAGGCUCUGAUUGGUGAUGCCAGUGGUGUCAUCGAUGCGUCCACCAUCAGAGAUAAUAAUUAUGAGCAUGCGUGGCGCAUUCUAGAAAAUAGGUUCGAUAAUAAACGUCUUAUAAUAGAUACACACAUCCAGGGUAUCAAAAAUCUGAAACAGAUGACGAGGAAAUCAUCCAAGGAAUUGCGAGAUCUCAUCGACGAAUGCACACGUCAUGUUGAAGGUCUGCGCUUCAUGGGUCAGGAACUUCUCGGUGUCUCAGAACUUCUUGUUGUUAAUAUUCUGACCUCCGCUCUUGAUAGAGAACCAUCAUUUAAUAUUGGAAAGAUGUGAAGGAACAUCUGUCGUGUCCAUUGGUAAGCCAAUGCAGCAGAAAUUAACAAAAUUAUCGAACAUAAGAUCGUCUAAUGCAAUUACAUCGUCAUUUGAAGUCGUAUGUGAUUUUUGCUCUGAAAGGCAUCUCAACCAUAUAUGCCCAGUGUUUAGAAAUAUGAGCAUCCAUGAGAGGAGUGCAAAAGUAAAAUCGACGAAUGCUUGCUACAAUUGCCCGCGCAAAGGCCAUCGCGUUAAUACAUGUCCAUCCGAACGAACGUGCAGCAAAUGUUCUAAAAAACACCAUACCU